GUUUAAACUAGAUGACUUUGUUUUAAACCUGCAACAAUGGGUAGAACUUACUUUGUUGAGGAAGCCAUUGGCCAGUAUCUUUCAGACCUCAGCACAAAAUUCAAGCCGUAUGUCACUGGCCUGUUAAUAGGGCAGUGUUCCACGCAAAGAGACUACGUAAUUCGUGCUGUUCGGACGCCUCCAAAGGAGGAGCAGAAGGAAGACAACAUAAUUCCUUCAAAGCUGGCAUCCAUUGAUGAAGAAUGGAUAACUACGCAUGCCAGUCAGGUUUCUAGAAUGCUUCCUGGAGGCUUAUUGGUUCUUGGUGUAUUUAUUAUUGCAACUCCAGAACUGUUAAAAGAUAGUCAAAAUGCUUUGCGCAAGCUAAUCUUCUCAGUGGAAAAGUCCUUGACUAAAAGAAGGCUCUGGAAACCCACUGAGGAGGAGGUGUCAGACAGAGCAGCUCUUCAAAUUUGUUCUGCUACAAAGAAAGUAGUUUGCCGAACCUAUGAUGUACAAGAUCCAAAGAGUUCAGCUAAACCAGCAGAUUGGAAAUACCAGAGUGCUCUGUCUGCUUCCUGGUUAGCUUUGGGCUGCACGGUAAAUGUUAAUAUUCACAUUCCACUUCUUGCUACUUCACCGAACCAUGACUUGGAGAAGAAUACCAAGAAUGGAUUAAAUCGAUGGUCAAAACAAAUAGAAGACAGUGUUUUUCUGAUCAAUGGAGAAGUUAAAGAUGAUGGUACAGAACUGCUGGAAGGGCAGAAAAAGUUAAGAGGAAAUAUUCAAUCCAGUGCUCAGUUUUCUGAUGUCAAAGUUCUGACACAGCUGUCCCGGGGUUCAAGUCCUAGAUCAACAGCUACAGUCCAGGUCUGCAGUGGUUCCAUAAACCUCAAAGGUGCUGUGAAAUGCAGAGCUUACGUGCAUAACAACAAGCCAAAAGUUAAAGAAGCUGUUCAGGCUUUGAAAAGAGACAUAAUAAACACAUUGAGUGAUCGGUGUGAAAUACUGUUUGAAGAUCUGAUUAUAAAUGAAGGACCUCACAAAAAAAAUUUUCAGAGGGAAUAUCAUGUCUUGCCUCAAAGACUGUUUAUCCCUGUUGCUGGAUCCAAUGUGAUGCUCAGUGAUUAUAAGUUUGGCGAUGAGGCCGCUGGAGAAAUUCAGGAACGUUUUGUUGAGAUGUUGGAUCAAUCUGUGCGAGCUGAAGAUAUCCAUGUAGCAGAGGAACCAAACACAGUUGAUAUUUGUCCCAUUACUGACAACACGGAUGACACACAACAGAAACAACUGACAAAAGCAACAUUGCUGUUGAAACUUCAACAAAACAUGGGUGUGGUAAUAGCAGCUGCUGUUGCAGUCUUUGCAUCGAUCUUCUCUUUCAAUUACUUCAGUGAUUAAACUCAAGCAACCGGAGCUUCAUGGAAGUAUUGACCAGUAACAAGAUGGAAACAUCUGGGUUUAAUAUAUUAGUAAUUAAGAAUUGUUGCCUAAAUACCCCCAG